AUGCACCCACUGAUCCAUCGCCUUCGACGACUACCGAAACCCAAAUUCCUGCACGGGAUUCCCAACAAUAGCAUCUUUAUCAUCGGAACUCUUAUCGGGGUCAAUGCUCUGGUAUGGAUCGCAGUGGCUAUCGUCCUACACUUCCACCCCGCUCUUAUCUCUCCGGCUGCUCUAUCUUAUGUCCUGGGCUUGCGCCAUGCUUUAGAUGCUGACCAUAUCGCGGCAAUUGAUCUCAUGACACGUCGCUUAAUUGCGUCUGGUCAGAGACCUGCUACUGUGGGAACCUUUUUUUCACUGGGUCAUAGCACUAUUGUCAUUGUAACUUGUAUCGUCGUGGCGGCGACAAGCGGUGCUCUGAGAGACCGAUUUGAUGGGUUUCAGCGUGUUGGUAAUAUAGUAGGAACCAGUGUGAGUGCUUCGUUUCUGAUCAUUCUUUGUAUUGGGAAUGGAUGGGUGCUGUAUAAGCUAGUGCAACGUCUUCGUGCAGUCCUCCAUGAUCGAAAAGAUCGUGUUCACCUUGAGGGGUUCGCAGAAGAGGAAACUCAAAUCCAGGAUCAUUUUGCACUUGAAGGUGGUGGAUUCCUAACAAGAGUCUUCAAAAGACUAUUUCGUGUUAUUGACCGACCAUGGAAGAUGUACCCUCUGGGCGUGGUCUUUGGUCUUGGCUUUGACACAAGCUCUGAGAUAGCUAUCCUGGGUAUUGCGAGCAUCCAAGCUGUGCAAGGCACGAGUAUAUGGCUGAUCUUAGUGUUCCCAAUUCUAUUCACGGCGGGUAUGUGUAUGCUCGACACCACCGACGGCGCUCUCAUGAUGGCCCUCUACACCUCAAAUGCCUUCUCGCGAGACGUCGUAGCGAUUCUCUACUACUCGAUAGUCCUAACAGGAAUAACUGUUGUCGUCUCUGCCUUUAUUGGGAUCGUCCAGCUUCUCUCACUCAUCCAGAACGUCUCUGACCCUCAGGGGCAAUUCUGGGAUGGCGUUUCCGCCAUAGGAGAUCACUUUGACAUUAUCGGAGGAAGCAUAUGUGGUGUGUUUGCGGUGGUUGGCCUGAUGUCCAUUUUGCUGUACAAACCUUGGAGACGACGUGUUGAGAAGCCGAAAUCGCAAACUCUCAUAGGAAGUCACGAUGGAGUCAUUCAAGGUACUCUUUCACCAGAGGCCUCACCUUCACCACUCAGCGACCAUACUAGCGACUACAUUGUCGCGCAAAGUGUUCAAAGAGUUGUCUGA